AUGGCAAAGAGAAAUCGAUCAGCUUCACCUUCCAAUACGCCGCGUGACCAACGAGCUAUGCGUCGAUUAGCAAGAACAUCCCCGCCCACAGCACUCCCGCCCACAGCACCCCACAGACUGUCAACACUCUCCACAGACACUGCAGACUCACUGACAAGCUUAGAGAAAGACGCCCGGGUUAAGGUCCACGCUUAUGAAAACCAGUCUCUCCGUCACGAGACGCUGUUGAAAAGCGGCUUGGAUGCAUUUCUCACGUGGCUACCAGAGGCCGGUAGAACCACACUCGCGAGGGAUGUUAUUCAGAAAAGCUCCGACGGAGAGCUGUACGAUGUUUUUGAGAACCUUUUCACCGGAAUUGCUGCACCGAAUAAUCCUCACUCAAAGCGCCAGGAGCACGUCGAUACAGUUGCCUCCACCCUCAAUCAACCCAAAACGCGUGACCCUUCGUUUGGGGCACAGCUCCAACUGCGGGAUACCUAUUGCUGUGUGAUAACGGGUCAACUGAACACUGAUCAAUGGGAGCGCGAAGGAGAACCAAGAAAUGUUUUCCAUGGCCCGACUGAGGGGGCUCACAUAAUACCUUUUGCGUUUGCCUCUUGGUCAGGGGUGUCCGGAGCGCCAAGAGACACAUCAACUACCUGGUCUUUACUGUACAAGUGUUUCCCUGCGCUACGCAAAAUACUUUCAGCAGAGGAGAUCAACACUCUUCGCAAUGGGAUCACUCUUCGAGACUCGGUGCAUACCCAGUUUGGCAUAUUCACAAUUGCCUUGAAGCCUACCGGCAUCGAAAACGAGUACGAGGUGAAGACUUACAAGUGCUAUCCCCCGGCUGACAUCCGCGCCAUUCUCUCCGAUCGGCGCAUUCCAAGCCCCGCAAUUCUCGAUGCGCAUUGGAGAAUGUGCGAAAUUUUCGAUGCAUCUGCUAUGGGAGAGGUCAUUGAACGAUAUCUUCGGGACUGGGAAGAGUUGAGAGGCUCUGAGUGCGCUGUUAUUAGAGAGGACGGUACGACCAAUCUCGCUAGUCUGCUGGAUAUCGCGCUAUGGGGCCAAGUUUCCGCAUGA